AGAGGUGGGCUCUGUGCCAGCCUGCACACCACCGGGCUGCGGCUCUGCCAGCGGGACGCACUCAGCCCUUCUCCUCGCUCGCCAAGGCUCGGCUGCUGCCCAGACAGCCCUGCUGCUUGGUCUGGAGAAAUCCUGAGCUCCCUCGCCAAGAAGAGCAAGACGGGACUCAGACUGGCCCCCAAGGCGUCCUUUGUGGCCGAGACGCAGGGACAACACCGGGAGGGGAGAUGGGCAGCAGAGCGACGCGUGGGCACUGAUGCAAGUUGGGGUCGAGAUUCCAGGCUGCCACCUUGGGAUGAGCCAGUCCGGGCAGAUGCCCUAGCCAGGAGAUCGCGCCGGUGCUCUCCGUGGUCUGCUCUGCGUGGAUCCCCUGCUGGCCAGAGGAUGGACGCUGGUGCCCCGGGGCCGCGCCCGCCGCGAGCCCUGCGUCCGGGCCGCGUCCUGCGCUCAUGGACGGCGGCUCCCGGCUGGCCGUGGCGCGCCCCCGGGCUGUGAAUGCGACUCACCCCACAUCCGCGCUCCCCGCCCGCCCGCCCGCCCGCCGGGACGUGGUAGGGGAUGCCCAGCUCCCCUGCGAUGGCAGUUGGCGCGCUCUCCCGUUCCUUCUUGGUCACCUGCUGCCUGAUGGUGGCUCUGUGCAGUCCGAGCAUCCCUCUGGAGAAGCUCGCCCAGGCGCCGGAGCAGCCGGGCCAGGAGAAGCGCGAGCACGCGUCACGGGACGGCCCGGGGCGGGUGAGCGAGCUCGGGCGCGCCGCGAGGGACGAGGGCGCCAGUGCCCGGGACUGGAAGAGCAAGAGCAGCCGUGCCUUUGGCAGCCGGGACGCGUGGAGCAAGCAGAAGCAGGCCUGGGCUGCCCAGGGCGGGGACGCCAAGGCCGGGGACUUGCAGGCGCGGCCUCGUGGGGACACCCCGCCGGAGGAAGCCCUGGUGGCAGCCGCCCAGGAAGCGAUCAGCCCAGAACUCGUACCCACCCCCGAGCUGCCCGAGGAGUAUGUGUAUCCGGACUACCGCGGGAAAGGCUGCGUGGACGAAAGUGGCUUCGUGUACGCGAUCGGGGAGAAGUUCGCGCCGGGCCCCUCGGCCUGCCCGUGCAUGUGCACCGAGGAGGGCCCCCUGUGCGCGCAGCCCGAGUGCCCGAGGCUGCACCCGCGCUGCAUCCACGUCGACACCAGCCAGUGCUGCCCGCAGUGCAAGGAGAGGAAGAACUACUGCGAGUUCCGGGGCAAGACCUACCAGACUUUGGAGGAGUUCGUGGUAUCUCCAUGUGAGCGGUGCCGCUGUGAAGCUAAUGGAGAAGUACUGUGCACAGUGUCAGCCUGUCCCCAGACAGAGUGUGUGGAUCCUGUGUACGAGCCUGACCAGUGUUGCCCUAUCUGCAAAAAUGGUCCCAACUGCUUCGCAGAAACUGCUGUCAUUCCAGCUGGCCGAGAAGUAAAGACUGAUGAAUGCACCAUAUGCCACUGCACUUACGAGGAAGGCACAUGGAGAAUCGAACGGCAAGCCAUGUGCACGAGACAUGAGUGUAGGCAGAUGUAGACCCUUGACCACACAAAAACUCACAAUUUUUCUAGAACAUCUUCUUGAGGUGGCCCUGUAGAUGAUUCUGGGAAACAUACUCAAAAGAAGACUUUUGAUGCAAAGUCGUGGAAAAUGGUUGAUCCUUUUGUUUAUCUUGGUUACGAUUACUGCAAGAGAAGAAAGUGGAUUUAUUUCAGAGCAUCGGCAAGAACUCUGGGUGUAAAUGCCCUCUCUAAAUAAAUGUGCUAUUUUCACAGUAAGUACGCUAAAGUACACGGUUAUAUAUUAAAUGUAUUUCUAUAAUCCCUCUACUAGAGAGCUUAUACAAAUGUUUUCUAUAGAUACAGAUUAAAAUGCUGUGUUGUCCACCGUCCUCACUGUGUAUCUGCAUAUCUUUGUUACUUCUGAUUGCAUUGCAGGGAUGCUACUGGCUGCCACUUUCUUCCCCUCACAUCUGCCCAUGGAAUAAUGCGACCAUUAAUGUACCAUAAGAUGGCAGGACUGAUUUCUACUGAAACCUCAUCUAAAUUCUGUUUAAUUACAGACACGUAUCUGAUGUUUACUUCUUCACAGAAAUGUAAUUCUUUCUUAGGCAAGCACACUGCUUUCAUGAGCUAAUCUCAGUCAUUUGGGAAAUGCGCAUAAAGAUCACUGAGGCAUAUUUUCCCCAGUCUUUCAGCUUUUUGAUGUUGUGGACCAUAAAUGAAAGCAUAUGUAUAUUUCAAUUUACAUUAUCCUCUCUUGGAAAAAUGACUUGACUUCAGUCCCUAAAGUGAGGAACAAGAUAAGCUGGGAAACUCGUAUGGUUGUGGAGCAUGCAUUAAAAAAGAGAGAGAAUUGGAAACAAACUCUCAAACAAACAUAUUUGAAAUACAAAUAGAAUGCAGACAUCUCAGCUCUCAGUUCUUUGUGGCCAUAUUUACUAACUGGGCUGAGUAACCUCAGUUAACAGACACAAUACAAUCCUGAUUGAGAGCUCUGUGUUCAUCUCUCAUCAAGAGAAAGCCUUCCUAUUAAUACAACUGUGUUGAAAUGAGCAAAGCUAAAGGCCAAGGACACUCUGUGACUUCACUGUAAUUACAUAUAAUAUCAAACCAACUUUUUUUUCUCAUUUGUACAGGUAGCGACCACUGCUAACUCCUACUAAUCUGACUGAUGCCUGUGAGAUAGUUGCACCUUUAGGGAUUACAGCAACAAAUGGCACAUGAUGAAAGAGGUUGUCAGAGACUAAGCAGUGCAGGGUGAAAAAGCAAAAUUAUAAUAACUAUUCGAGACACAAAGUACUUUCAUAUAUUUAUUUAUUUCACAUUUUGAAAAUAAAUACCUACUAAUGUGAUGUCAAAAAAGGAACAGGGGAUGUUGUCUUGACUAUCAUGUGUCUUAGGUCUUUAAGGGAAGAACAGAUUAGAAUGUAUUACAUGAGGAGCCAACCGAGAUGCCAGAAAAGGCUCCCUACAAAAGCACACAAGACAAACCAAUAAAGAUUGAAUCAUAUUCAA